UAUUUUUUAAAUUUGAAUAUAGUUUUUAUAUUAUAUUAUGUAAUUUUAUAAAUAAUUCACAUGUUUUUAUAAGAAAAUUUAAGAUGAUUAAAUCAAGAUAUAUUUAUUUAUAAUUUUCUAAAUUAGCCUUUAAUAAUGAUAAAUAGUUUUUUCAAAAUUAAUGUCAUUUAAACGCCAAACACCUUUCAACAAAAUAUUUGCCCUACUUAUCAACUCGUUAAGAUCGUUUACUUCUAAAUAUGUUCUUAUCGCGAAAAAAAGAAUUUAUGCUUGAUUAAUUUGGGUUAGAGUUGAAUCACGAUCCACUUAUAAAAUGAAAGCACUCACCACCUCUAUCAUCUGUAUGAAUUUUUUUUCUUCGAUAUAGCAUAUUUUAUCACGACUAGGGCCAGGAUAGAAUACGAAUGGCAACGGUUUAAUAAAAGUUAUAAUGGCUGAACCCGGGAUGUCGCAAUCGCUAAUUAUUCUGUCAAUUGUCGCGUUUUACAACAUUAUUCCACACCUUAACGGAUAUGUGUUCGAUAGAAAUCCGCGGAAUACCAAAUAUAAGCCCUCCAAAAAUCAAUUCAGACCUUGGCCUUAUCCGGCAUUUAUCAAAAACUAUUCUGAUAAUGAGCUUUUAACUAUAUAUCCAUCCAAAUUGGAAAUUUUGACCAACAUUAAAUGCGACAUCAUGGAAAAUGCCAUCGAAAGGUAUGCCAAUCUUAUGUUCUCGAACGAAUAUGCCAUAAUCAAUAAAUUCGUUUCAAUCAUGGAUAAACUUUUAAUCAUCGUUGAUUCUAAAAAGUGCGAAAAAUAUCCUGAACUGAAUUCGGAUGAAUCUUAUAGAAUCACCUUCUUUAAAGAUGAUGAGAAGAUACCAAUCGAUUCUAACUAUUUAUAUUCAGCGAAAACAACAAAAUUUUAUUGCGGCAAAAUUGUAGCUAAAAGUAUAUGGGGAGCUCUUAGAGGUUUGGAAACGUUCAGUCAAUUAAUCAAUUACACCGAUUCCAAAACGUACGUUGUUUUGAAGCAAUAUAUCAAAGACAAACCAUUGUACAGACAUAGAGGGCUUUUAAUAGACACUGCCAGGCAUUAUAUUCCUGUUCAUAUUUUGAAGAAUAUAAUAGAGGCUAUGAGUUACAACAAGCUCAACGUAUUUCAUUGGCAUAUAGUUGAUGAUCAAUCAUUCCCAUACCAGUCUGAAAUAUUUCCAGAAUUAUCUAAAAAGGGUGCCUAUACUCCCCAUAUGAUAUACACGAAGGAUGAUAUCAAGGAUUUAAUUGAAUUCGCUCGUCUGAGGGGCAUAAGAAUUAUUCCGGAGUUGGACACUCCUGCUCACACUUAUUCAUGGGGGAAAUCUCACCCAGAAAUUUUGACGCCAUGUUAUGGGGAUGGCCAUACUCCUGAAACUGCAAAUUAUCCUUUUCACGCGAGCAGAGAAAAUUUAAAUCCAUUAAAUCCUGCCACUUUUAAUUUAACUCGACGCUUGCUCAAAGAGAUUUCUCAACUUUUUCCUGAUAAAUUUUUUCACGCAGGAAUGGACGAAGUUUUUCCUGAUUGUUGGGACUCUAAUCUAAUCAUGAAAAAUGUUUCGGGUAAAAGUCAACCAGCCAAAUGGGCUUUCAGACAGUACACCAAGAAAAUACUGCCUUUUAUACAAAAUACCUUGAAGAGGCAUGUCGUGGUUUGGCAGGAUAUGUUAGAAAUGGAAAUACAAAAUAUAUCGAAAGAUUUGACAUAUGAGAUAUGGAAAAACUUUGGUUCAUUCAUGGAAAAUGGGACCCAAGAAUGUGCUAAAAAGAAUUACAAGAUGAUAAUUUCGGGGUAUUGGUACCUUGACACACCUCAAAAUGGCGAGGAGUGGAAGAAAAUAUUAUGGGUUAAAUUCCAAUCUCUAUCUUUUAUAAUAGAUAACGAUAUGUAUCGCCAUAAGAUACCAAAUCUUUUGUUAGGAGGUGAAGCUUGUAUGUGGACCGAAUAUGUUGAUGUCAAUGCAAUCAUGGAUAUUUUAUGGCCAAGAACAUCUGCUAUUGCCGAAAAAUUGUGGAGUCCUAAAAAUUUAAAUCAAGCUAUAGAUCUAGUCGAAGAUAGAUUAGAGGAACAUAGGUGCCUAAUGAUAAGACGUGGUAUCGUUGUUAAACCAAUCAAACCUGGAUUUUGUGGGGAUUACGAAGAUCUGACCUCUAAUAAAGUAGAUGAAGUACCUCAAUGGAUCAUCAAAAGAGUAGGAUAAAGCUAUAGGAAAAUAACUGAUGUUUCGUGCGAAUUUCCAUAAAAUGACAAAAAUAUUCAUUUUACAUAUUUAUAUAUUUAAUAUAUAGUAUUGUACUAUGAAUGUAAAUAUUUUUUAUGGUAAAUAUUUUGGAAUUUUUAAUGUUUUAAAUGAGUGUUGUUUAUCAAUUUGUUAAAAAAAAAACAAUUGCAAUUGAAGAUAAAUUGAUAAAACUGUACU